UGGACUCAAUCAUGCUGGACCAACCCACUAGUGUCUUCAGCACAGUUUGUUGCCCAGGUGAACAAAGUACAACAAAUUGUUCUUGGCAUUUCUGGUGACUCUCUGUAUACCACCAUCGCCUCAACCCAUACUACCACAUUAGAAUCGCUGGACUUGGAGGGUGAUGAUGAUCCGACUCUCACUGAAGAUAUACCGCAUGUCAACUCAGACCAAGCUGCCCUCACAGACCUUCUGGAGGGUGAUAUGGGGCCCUUAGAUCAUGACAACGCCAAUGGCACCACAAAUUUCAGCAACAUUGUUGACGUGAACAUUCUCCAAUGGGAUGUCUCUAAGAAUCUUCUAAUUGAUGACUACAUUCCAGCUUGUGAAUCGAACAUUGUCAUGCCUGGCACCCUUACAGCGCAAGUCCGACCUCCUUGUGAUGGAUUUCCCCAUCAGAUUUUUGAACUGAAAGACAUUGACAUUCUCUGUUUACCUACAGCAUAUCUCAAUGACGUCUGCAUUAACAGUUGCACUGCUCUACUCUACUCCGAACUCAAAGUUCUCAAUGUCUCUUGCAUGAUACUCUCCACUCACGAUCUUCCAUGCAUCCGAUACAAUGCACCUGAUGAAGUCAUCUGGCAUCAAUGUUCAUGGACACAUUAUUGGGAGAAGGACAUAUGGGUGCUUGCUAUACAUCGACCCUCCCGCAUUGGGUAUUGGGUAUUUUGUGCCAUUUACCUGCCCUUCAAGGAGUUGCACCUCUUUGAUAGCCUUUGA